AGGAGGGAAGGGAAGGGAAGGGGCCACGGCUGCAGGUUCCGGUGUCGGGCGCGGACGUGUCGGCCGGUGCCGCGGAACUGAAGGCGCUGCCCCGUCCCCGUCAGCAGCAGCAGCAGCAGCAGCAGCAGCGCCCGGCCCUGGCGCCGCCAUGUCGGGGACCAGCAGCCCCGAAGCCGUGAAGAAGCUGCUGGAAAACAUGCAGGGGGACCUGCGGGGCCUGAGCCUCGAGUGCCGCAAAAAAUUCCCCCCCGUCAAGGAGGCUGCUGAAUCAGGAAUAAUAAAAGUGAAAACGAUAGCUGCACGGAACACUGAUAUUUUGGCAGCGUUGAAAGAGAACAGCUCAGAGGUAGUUCAGCCUUUUCUCAUGGGUUGUGGAACAAAGGAACCAAAGAUCACUCAGCUUUGUCUAGCAGCCAUACAAAGGCUCAUGUCCCAUGAAGUUGUUUCAGAGGCUGCAGCAGGAAACAUUAUUAAUAUGCUUUGGCAACUGAUGGAAAAUAGUCUUGAAGAACUUAAAUUGCUUCAGACAGUUCUUGUACUUUUAACAACAAAUACAGUUGUGCACGAUGAAGCACUGUCCAAGGCAAUUGUACUUUGUUUUCGAUUGCACUUCACAAAAGAUAAUAUCACAAAUAACACUGCAGCAGCUACAGUGCGACAGGUGGUUACUGUUGUAUUUGAGAGAGUGGUUGCUGAAGAUGAACGAUACAAAGACACGAUCGAACAGCCAGCUGCGGUUCAAGGAAAUAGUAACAGAAGAUCUGUCAGUACACUGAAGCCAUGUGCUAAAGAUGCAUAUAUGCUUUUUCAGGAUCUUUGUCAGUUAGUUAAUGCUGAUGCUCCUUACUGGCUCGUGGGUAUGACGGAAAUGACCCGAACGUUUGGCCUUGAACUUCUUGAGUCAGUCCUCAAUGACUUUCCACAAGUGUUUUUACAACAUCAAGAGUUCAGUUUUCUUCUUAAAGAAAGGGUAUGCCCUCUUGUUAUAAAGCUCUUCUCCCCAAAUAUCAAAUUCAGACAAGGUUCUAGCACAUCAUCUUCCCCAGCACCAGUGGAAAAACCAUAUUUCCCCAUCUGUAUGCGCUUGCUGAGAGUAGUUUCUGUUUUGAUUAAGCAGUUUUACAGUUUGCUGGUAACAGAAUGUGAGAUCUUUCUGUCAUUGCUGGUUAAGUUUCUGGAUGCAGACAAACCACAGUGGCUAAGAGCUGUUGCGGUAGAAUCUAUUCACAGGCUUUGUGUGCAGCCUCAGCUAUUAAGGUCCUUUUGUCAAUCCUAUGAUAUGAAGCAACAUUCCACGAAAGUUUUCCGUGAUAUUGUGAAUGCUCUGGGGUCCUUCAUCCAGUCACUAUUUCUUGUACCAAGCACAGGGAAUGCAUCAGUGACACCAAACCAAACUGGAAGCAAUGCAUCUGGGAGCACUGGAUCAGCACAGACAAACCCUGGAGUGCUUGGAAUGGGGGGCGGUGCAACUGUAUUACCUGCCUUCGAGUACAGAGGAACUUGGAUACCUAUCCUGAAUGUAACAGUGCAAGGCAGUGCUAAAGCUACCUAUUUGGAAAUGCUGGACAAAGUAGAGCCACCUACAAUUCCUGAAGGCUAUGCCAUGUCGGUGGCAUUUCACUGUUUACUGGAUCUUGUCCGUGGUAUCACUACCAUGAUCGAAGGAGAGUUGGGAGAGGCAGAAACAGUCAAUCAAACCACAACAGAGACAACUUCAUUACCAGCACAAGCUUCAGAGCGGCAAGACUUGCAGUCUGUAUCUGACCAAUCAGAGAAAGAGCUAGUUAACAGAGCUGUCUGGGAAGAAAUGGUCAAUGCCUGUUGGUGUGGCCUUCUUGCUGCAUUAUCCCUCCUACUUGAUGCAAGCACUGAUGAAGCUGCUACUGAAAAUAUUCUAAAAGCAGAAUUGACCAUGGCUGCGCUUUGUGGAAGACUGGGUCUUGUAACAUCAAGAGAUGCCUUUAUCACUGCCAUUUGCAAAGGUUCCUUGCCACCUCACUAUGCCCUUACUGUAUUAAACAGCACAACCGUGGCUCUGUCCAGUAAAUCAUAUUCCAUUCAGGGACAGAAUGUUCAAAUGAUCAGUCCCUCAAGUGAGUCUCAUCAGCAAGUUGUAGCAGUAGGGCAACCCCUAGCUCUUCAGCCACAGGGAACAGUAAUGCUGACUUCAAAAAAUAUUCAGUGUAUGAGGACAUUACUCAACUUAGCUCACUGCCAUGGAGCUGUUCUUGGUACAUCAUGGCAACUUGUCCUGGCUACUCUUCAGCAUCUUGUGUGGAUUCUGGGGCUGAAACCUGGUGUUGGGGGUGCCUUAAAACCUGGAAGAGCUGUGGAAGGACCCAGCACAGUUCUGACCACAGCAGUUAUGACUGAUCUACCAGUUAUAUCCAACAUACUUUCAAGGCUUUUUGAAAGCUCACAGUACCUUGAUGAUGUGUCUUUACAUCACUUAAUAAAUGCCCUUUGCUCCUUGUCUCUGGAAGCCAUGGAUAUGGCCUAUGGAAACAAUAAGGAACCGUCGCUUUUUGCUGUUGCUAAAUUACUGGAAACAGGACUAGUUAACAUGCACAGGAUCGAGAUCCUUUGGAGACCUCUGACGGGUCAUCUCCUGGAGGUCUGUCAGCAUCCCAACUCCAGAAUGAGAGAAUGGGGAGCAGAGGCUUUAACUUCUCUCAUUAAAGCAGGUCUGACAUUCAGCCAUGAUCCUCCAUUAUCACAGAAUCAGAGACUGCAGCUGCUUUUAUUGAAUCCACUCAAGGAACUGUCAAAUAUUAGUCAUCCUGAUAUCAGGAUCAAGCAGUUGGAGUGUGUGCUACAGAUUUUGCAGAGUCAGGGUGACAGCUUAGGACCUGGUUGGCCAUUGGUCCUUGGAGUCAUGGGGGCAAUCCGAAAUGAUCAGGGAGAGUCCUUAAUACGGACUGCAUUCCAGUGUCUUCAGUUGGUUGUGACAGACUUUCUUCCAACAAUGCCAUGUACUUGUCUACAGAUAGUUGUUGAAGUUGCAGGAAGCUUUGGACUUCACAAUCAAGAGCUAAAUAUUAGCUUAACUUCAAUUGGUUUGUUGUGGAAUAUUUCCGAUUAUUUUUUCCAAAGAGGUGAAAUAAUUGAAAAGGAACUAAACAAAGAAGAAGCAGUGUUGCAGAAACAGGCAGAGGAAAAGGGGGUAGUGCUGAACAGACCUUUUCAUCCUGCACCACCAUUUGACUGUCUUUGGUUAUGUCUGUAUGCCAAACUUGGAGAACUCUGUGUGGAUCCCCGACCUGCAGUUAGAAAGAGUGCUGGGCAGACGUUGUUUUCCACUAUUGGUGCUCAUGGAACUUUAUUGCAACAUUCAACGUGGCACACAGUGAUUUGGAAGGUUUUAUUUCACCUCUUAGAUAGGGUUCGAGAAUCUUCUACUACAGCUGACAAAGAGAAAAUUGAAUCAGGAGGAGGGAACAUCCUCAUCCAUCAUUCAAGGGAUACAGCUGAGAAACAAUGGGCAGAGACAUGGGUGUUAACACUGGCUGGAGUUGCAAGAAUAUUUAACACCCGGAGAUAUUUACUGCAGCCUUUAGGAGACUUUUCCCAAGCCUGGGAUGUUCUUCUUGAUCACAUCCAAUCAGCAGCGCUCAGCAAAAAUAAUGAAGUUUCCUUGGCUGCUCUGAAAAGCUUCCAGGAAAUCUUACAAAUCGUUUCUCCUGUCCGAGACUCAGAGAAGCCUGACACACCACCUGCUAUCAAUGUUUCUGUACCUGUGGUGGUAGGAACAACAACUGCCACUAGUCUUGGCAGAUCGUUCAUGAGAACUGACUCCAUAGGGGAAAGAAUGGGAAGAUACAAUGGAUCUGAACUACCUGUAGUAACAGACGAGAUUGAAGAUUUGAAUCUUUGGUGGGCAGCUUGGAACAGCUGGUACAGGAUUGGUUCAGAAAGUACAAAGCCUCCAAUUAAUUUUGAUAAAUUGACUUUCAUUCCCAGCCAGCCUUUUCUUACAGCUUUAAUUCAGAUAUUCCCAGCUCUUUACCAACACAUCAAAACUGGUUUCAGCAUGGAUGAUCUCCAAAAGCUGGGUGUCAUUUUGCAUGGUGCUGUUUCAGUUCCGAUCAGUUCUGACGCUUCCCCUUUCAUCCUUCCAUCUUAUACUGAAGCAGUUCUGACAAGUUUACAGGAAGCAGUGCUUACAGCUUUAGAUGUUUUACAAAAGGCUAUAUGUGUAGGCUCAGAAAACAUGCAGAUAAUGUAUCCUGCAAUCUUUGACCAGCUAUUGGCCUUUGUCGAAUUUUCCUGCAAGCCUCCCCAGUAUGGACAGCUGGAAACAAAGCACAUUGCAAAUGCAAAAUAUAAUCAGGCUGAAUGGGUAGCAUUGAAUUAUGUACCAUUUGCUGAGAGAUCAUUGGAAGUGGUUGUGGACUUAUACCAGAAGACAGCUUGCCAUAAAGCUGUAGUAAAUGAGAAAGUUCUUCAGAACAUUAUUAAGACACUGAGAAUACCUCUUAGUCUGAAAUAUUCCUGUCCUUCGGAAAGCACAUGGAAGCUGGCUGUUUCCUCCCUUCUCAAAGUUCUCUCUAUUGGACUACCAGUUGCAAGGCAGCAUGCAUCUUCUGGAAAAUUUGACAGUAUGUGGCCUGAGCUAGCCAAUACGUUUGAAGAUUUUUUGUUUACUAAAAGUACACCUCCUGAUAAUCUCUCAAUCCAAGAAUUUCAGAAGAAUGAGAGUAUUGAUGUUGAGGUGGUUCAGCUUAUUAGCACAGAGAUACUACCGUAUGCUAAUUUUAUUCCUAAGGAAUUUGUUGGUCAAAUAAUGACUAUGCUCAAUAAAGGCUCGAUACACUCUCAGUCAUCCUCAUUUACAGAAGCAGAAAUAGAUAUUCGAAUGAGAGAGGAGUUCUCUAAGGUGUGUUUUGAAACACUGCUCCAGUUUUCAUUCAGUAAUAAAGUCACAACUCCUCAGGAAGGCUACAUCUCUAGAAUGGCACUUUCUGUGCUCUUGAAAAGGUCACAGGAUGUAUUGCAUCGCUACAUAGAAGAUGAGAGAUUGAGUGGCAGAUGUCCUCUUCCACGGCAACAAGUAACAGAAAUCAUAUUUGUUUUAAAAGCUGUCAGUACUCUCAUAGAUUCACUUAAAAAAACUCAGCCUGAAAAUGUUGAUGCUAACACAUGGGCACAAGUUAUUGCCUUGUACCCGACUUUAGUAGAAUGUAUCACCUGCUCCUCUUCGGAAGUGUGCUCUGCUCUGAAAGAGGCACUUGUUCCCUUUAAGGACUUCAUGCAUCCACCAGCAUCCAAGGCUCCGGAGGAGGUAUGCUGUGACUUUAGAGGAAAAUGGCUGGUGAGAACAAUCCUGCAAGGCACAGUAUUUGCACCACUACUUGGAUUGUGCCACAGGGAACGACACAACUGUGUGAUGAUGGCAGGAAAUGCGGGCUGACGUAGAUCUUUUUGUAUUCUGCAGGUCACACAGAGCCACAGCAACACCCUCAAAACGCUUUUCCUAUGAAUAUGCCUCUUAGAAAUGAAUCGCCUUCCUGGAAGCAAGUGGCUCGUUCCUCACAGCAUGUCACAUCACCGGGGAGGGCAGGGGAGGGUGCAUGCACAGUUGGUGGGGGAGGCUGGCAUGUUACAGACCUGGCUGCACUUAAACAAAUGAAAAUAACUGUUUAUCCAGAAAACUCAGCACAUCUGUUUUGGGGAGCAACACAGGCUUGGCAAAAAGAACCAGAAUCCACCUCAGCUGUUGUGAGACAACAACCCACCAUCCUGAGCGCCAGCUACAGCACAGCACAACGAGGACAAGAGCCCCAGAUCCUCAAGCCACGCUACCAGACUCCAUUCAUGAGAUAGACAGACCGUGCACUUCAGUAUAGCCAUGCUGCAGGUUCUUGACUGCUACCAAAGCAGUGCUUUUCUUUCUCUUUACCUUCCCGGACAGCAGGAGAGGAGUCUAUUUUCCAUUUUCCUGGAUGGAGGAGCAGAGCAGUGGCUGUUCUGAGAGGUUUACAAGACUUGGUGCUCUUGCUCCUGAUCCUAUUUUGGAUAGUGUGCAAAUAUUAACUUUCAUAUAUUAAAAAAAAAAAAAAAAAAAAAGCAGUAUUUCCUGCAGGAUUUAACCUUCUACCUAGCUGCUUGUGUCCUACUGUUGUUUAGCCACUUGGCCACUCUUUAACCUCACAGGUCACCAACAAUCAUCUCUGCUCAUGCCCAGGAGGCUCAAAUGCCUGCUGCUGGCCGGGUGCCAGCGGCUCAGGGGGACCAAGCACCUAAAAGAUGGAGGGUUUGUUAACAAAAGCACAAAUGUGGACGUUGUUGUAUUCUGGGUAACAGACAGCUAAAAAGGGGGUGUUUGCAGACCACCGCUUUCUUUCAGCCCCUGGAACAUGCACAAACAGAGCACACUUUCCCAUAUCUUAGUUGCUGUUCAAAGUUCCUUGCUAUAUUUUUUCAUACAUAACAUGCAGAAAAUUGAAUUCAUAAUUCUAUAUAAAAUAUGUUAUAUAUAAUACAUACAAAUAUAAAUUAUAUAAUUUAUAUAUAACUCUAACAUUAUGUAUGUGCUUAUUUACCAGCACUCAGUCUGUGCCAUUCAGCUAACUUCAGUACUUCAGGUUAGUUGGGUUUUGUCCUUUGCAAUGCCCAACUGAUCGAGUGCCUGAGCACCCCUCUGUCUGCUUUCCCAGUGAAGCUAUCAGAAGGGAAACUUUGCAGAAGCAGUAGCAGGGAAGCUUUACUUGGAAGUUUUACAUAACUGUAAUCUUUAUUUUAUUUAUUUAUUUAUUUAAUUUUGGAGCUAAACAGACCUUCUCUAAAACACCAUUCUCAGAAAAAUGUAACCACAGAAAGAUUUACUGUCUGAGCAUUGUGUUUAAUAUUUUUUCCCCAUUCAUAAAAUACUUGUAUGUCUGGACAUGAGACUCAGUUUGAAGGGUGUGUUUUGCUUCUUGUCUGGCUCAUUUAAACUGCUUAUAUGCUAGUGCUCAAGCAGAGAAGGGGGAAGAAUGAUGUCCCAUCUCUUAUAAAAUAUUAUAAAGGCUCAGAUGGAAAAUAACAUUGCAUGACUGCUGGUAGACAACAAGUACUAAAAGGUGUGUGCAUGCUUGCAUGUGUGUAAAGACCACCAAACUAUUUAUUUAUUUAGCUGAGAGCAACGUGAACUUAUUCCUCAGCAAAUGCAGCAUAAGAAGUUUAUUGCUUGUUGUUGGAGUACCUUGUUCUCAGCGAGCUGAGGUGCAGUUGACAUUUGGCUGCCAGCUUGGGAGAGCUGGAGGAUGAUAAUAAGAUGUUUGGUGCAAUUACCAGUGCUACCAACCCAGGAACAAAAGUAAACAGGCACAACUCGAGGAUGAGCGCAGCUUUCAGAGUCAAGGUCUAACUCACUUGAGGCUGUAGCAGUUCCCUGCUUUUUGUACAUUCUUUGGCAAUUUCCUACUUAAAUAAUUGGUUUCUCUGCUUCUAGAUCUUGGAGAAACGCAACUGGAUUUGGCAUCCUCUUGCCUACCCCAUCCCAUCCCAGUACGUGCUAGGAUAUUGCCCUGUGCUGUGGAACAGCUGCCACAGCCCACAGCUGCUGAGGCUCUCCAGCUGCAACAGGGUUUAGGAUUAAAAAUUGAACUAACACACAUUUCAGAGCUCUGGAUGGGCAGACACAGUCUGAAUUUUGGAAAAGAGCAAAAUAACUGCAGGUGUGCCAGUUGCUUUUACAUCCCCGUCUUUUAUUGAAUAUUAUACUGUGCAGAGAAACUGAGGAACAGUUUGUGCUACUUGAUGAAGAGGCUGUCUUGUUAUCUGUCUAUAACAGCUACUUUCAUGGGAAAACAGUGUGUUUUCUUGUAAUUUUACUUCAAUAUCUUGCAGUAUCUCUAUGCUUGUCUUAUAUUCCUAAAGAAAAAAAAUCAGCAAAAUUUCAUUGUUUUCUGCUUAGUCCCUGAAAAAUUGUAGCAAUAACUACAGAAAUAGGUGACAAUUGUCACAUCGGAAGCCAAAAGCUUCAUCUGAGCUUGUGUGGCUCUUGCAUCCAGCUCUUCAGUUACUGAGAAGUAGUUUCCCUAGAGAAUAGUUGGGCUGAAGAACUGGGGCAACAAGGUUCAAAAAUAGAGCCCUCCAAAAUCAACUAAAAACCAUAAAAGUUUUCCUUUUAAAGCAGGAGAAUUCACAUAUUACAUGCAUGUAUGGUUUCAUUUUGAGGUAAUGAGCCACAUUAAGUAAAAGAUAAAAAAGAAACUGUUUCCCUUUCCGCUGGGCUUCCCUUCGGCUAGCAGUGGUUUCUGCGUUGCUGGUGAGCAUCAGCUGCCACGGGAGAUGAGAGGUGGGGAGAGGUGAAGAGCCAAAGGCUCAGUGGUUCUUCCAAAACAACGGCUACCUGCUCCAAAAUAUUUUAAAUUAAAGAGGAGCAUGGUAAGGAGAAGGAAGGAAGGAAAAAUAACACCCAUAGCAUAAAUGAACCCCUAUGCUGGGGUAGAGCCUGCAGGGAAAUGUCUUGACUUACCACAGACAAGAAAAAGAAAAUAAAAAUAAAAAUAAAAAUAAAAAUAAAAAACCACAUACACACACAAAAACACACGGAGUGGUAAAUCCAGGGAUGAGUGUUGGGUUUAGGGGCGAUACCAGAUCAUUACAGUCAGUUGCAGAGCUGUCUUUACAGAACACCACGAAGGAUUGCCUUCUAUUGCUUGAGGGAAUAACUGCUCAGGAGUAAAGGUCAGGGACAUUUUGACUCUUUAGAGACUGAGAUAUUAUGCAGUAAUACGCCCAAGAAAAACAAUGCAAUUCUAAUCUUAGGUGGCCUAAAAUUCAUGAGGGUUCAGAGAUCUCAUCAGUCUAUGCAUCUAAAUAAUCAGUCUUAAAUUAGCUGCAGGAAAGAUCUAAUUAUUUCUUCUACUGCAGCUUCCUCCCUCUCCCCUUAGUAUUUUGUGGCAGAGUGCUGAAGAAUAUUCCUGCAGCUUCAAGUUCAUGAUUAAUUAUUCUUAAAUUAUUAAACAGGAGUCUCUGAAUCAUCCUUUCUCUACCUGUAGACACAUUUUGUCUACCUUGAGCGUAUGCCUUUUAUUAACCUUGUCCUCAAAGCGCAAUAUUUCCUCAAGUCACUGUAUCUACCUAAAAAGUUAUGCCGUCCUCUGUUUUGCAGAGUGGAAGAACCUACUUUAAAAAAUAAAUACAUUAAAAAAAAUCCUUCAUCUUUCCUUCUAACAAGAACAGGAUGUGCAGUAACUUUGGUUUACAUAAGCAUUCCUGGAAAGCACGAGUGUGACUCUGGAAUCAAUAAAAGCUGCAGUGUAAGAGUAUAAAGAAGUAAACUUUUCGUGAAGGCAUGUUGCUGUACAGGGGUACAUUAAGAAGCCAAAACUUCAGGCCUCUGUUUUACAGCAACUGCACAAAAUACAAUAAAUUACUGCAAUUGUUCCCUUCUAUAGCUUUAGGUAACAAUGUACAUUCAGUAUAAGACUAUGAAAGUAUUAUUGCACUCACUGCAUAUAGGGAUUAUAGAAACUGAUGUCCACAUCUGAAGACUUGUAUCUAUUACUUAAAAAUGAAAAUAAUGAGCCUUA